GUGUGGGGGAGAGGGGGGCAAGUGGGUAAUGGAACUAGGAUUUGGUUUCCAUUUAUAGACAGAUGGGAAGAGGGGGAAGGGAGGGAGGCGUUCAAACCUUGCCAUACAGAUAUCAUGAAGUUCAACUUCUGCGUAGACACCGUCACAUUGAAGUUCCGACAGACUUUGUUGUAGGUAUUGAAAGACGACAAGUCAAAAAUAAUAAAAGCAUUAGACCAUCAACCUACCUCAGAGGAAGAUAUAUUUAAAGAAGAGAAGAAAAAAACAUAAUCAGAGGUACAACUUUCAGAGACAAAACCAUGGCACCCUCCCUGUCUCAGGCCUACCGGAGGCGGUGGUGGAUGGCCGUGACGGCGGUGGUGGAGAACCUGCUGUUCUCCGCUGUGCUGCUGGGCUGGGGCUCCCUUCUCAUCAUGCUGAAGAAAGAGGGUUUCUACUCUCACUUGUGCACAGACAACGAGACGGUCGUCAGCAAUGUGAGCUCCUGGGAGAGUGGUGAUUGGCCGAGCUGCGUGGAUCAGGAAGAGAUGCUGAAUCUGGGCUUCACAAUUGGCUCCUUCCUGUUGAGCGCGGCCACUCUGCCUCUGGGGAUCCUGAUGGACAAGUUUGGGCCCCGCCCACUUCGCCUUCUCGGCAGUGCGUGUUUUGCGUUCUCAUGUGCCCUGAUUGCCGCAGCAGCCUACAACCCUGAAGACUUGUCGGUCCUCAUCUUCAUCGCUGUCUCAUUUAACGGCUUUGGUGGUAUCUGCCUCACCUUCACCUCUCUGACGCUACCUAACAUGUUUGGGAACGUGCGGUCCACCAUUUUGUCCAUCAUGAUUGGUUCCUAUGCCUCCUCAGCCGUCACCUUCCCAGGGGUCAAAUUGAUCUAUGACAUGGGUGUGUCCUUCAGGGUAAUCAUGUGGGUGUGGGCGGGGAUGGCCUGCCUUGUCUUCCUCAACUGCUUUGUCAAUUGGCCAUCAGAAUCUUUCCCUGCCCCUGAGGACAUCAGAUACACUAAAAAGGUGAAGCUGACCAGUAUUGUCAUGGACGACAAGCUGACAGGUGACCGCUUCUGCAGUCACAAGACCAGUCUUGAGGAAGGCAUGGGCCUCAAGAACAGAGAACCGGGCCCUGGCUCAGAACAGAACGAGGGUUCUCCACCAUUCAGACGCUCUGUUUGCUCGCCCAUCUUUCUCUGGAGUAUCAUCACUAUGGCGAUGACGCAGCUGCGCAUCAUCUUCUUCAUGGGCGCCAUGAACAAGAUGCUGGAGUUCCUGGUCAUCCACGGCGACCCGCACCCUUCUGAGGAGUUGGUGGAGGAGGCGGAGAAGCAAGUGGGUUUGUAUGCGUCCAUCUUUGGAACCCUGCAGCUGCUGUGUUUGCUCACCUGUCCUCUGAUUGGCUAUAUCAUGGACUGGAAGAUGAAGGAGUGUGAGGUUGAGGGCGCCACACAGUCUGAGACUGUGAAGAGCCAACCAGAGCCUCCAAAGAGAGACAGGAAGAUCCAGAAAUUGACCAAUGCCAUCCGAGCUUUCAUUUUCACCAACCUCCUGUUGGUCACCUUUGGAAUUCUCUCCCUCGUAGAUAAUCUGCCGCUUCAGGUGGUCUCUUUCAUUCUCCACACGGUGGUUCGAGGUUUUGCCCACUCCUGCUGUGGAGGUCUCUACGCUGCUGUAUACCCGGCCAAUCACUUUGGGACAUUGACGGGGAUGCAGUCUAUGAUCAGUGCUUUGUUUGCUCUGCUGCAACAGCCUCUCUUCAUGGUCAUGGUGGGACAUCUCAACGGAGACCCAUACUGGAUCAAUUUAUCCCUGCUCCUCUUCUCAUUGGCUGGCUUCCUGUUGCCAGGAUACCUGUUCUAUCACCGUAGGAACCUCAUGCGGGACAAGGCGGAGCGUGAGAAGGAGGCCGCAAACCAAUCGGCUAGCGUAGCUCAAAGCCAAUCAGAAAACGGACAUCUAAAAAAUCCAACCAACGGGAACAUUGGUUCUGAGAUAUAGAAAGUCUUUGGCAGUAUGCUAUCCAACAACAGCCAUUUGGAUAGCCAUUUUUUGUUGUUGGACACAUUUCAAGUGGGGAUCAACAAAACAAACUCUCUACACACCUAGCAACCAAACAUUAAAUGCCUUUAGAAAAUUGACUUUUAGCUAUAAAAUAUUUUAGCUAAUGUUACAUUUACACCUAUGAUGAACACGGUGAUAUUCAUCUUAAUCUCAGUUUACUGUAACACACUCAGUAAGAAUUAUGACCUCAAGGUCACCCUUCCAACAAUCAAACACAUGCAUGUCAGUUUAUCCUGUUUAAACAGGACGUAAGUCUCUAUAGCCACCGGGCUUGCAGGUGUUACAUUAACUACCUCCCCCACCCAACCUUCACCACAAACAGUUCAUUUAUUUUGGCCUCCAGCCUGGUGGGUCUCCUGUUUAUUUAUUUGUCGUCGUUCUCUCUUUCCUUCUCUACCAUUUUGCAGAUUCAUCUGUCCAAAUGCAUUUAUUUCUCUGUGUGUCCAUGUUGACAGGCUUGGUUUAGGUCCUAAUCAGAAACAACCCUUAGGCUCUGGUCCUUCGACACAGCUGGAAGUAUCAGAAAGCAAGAUGGUGGACAGCGCAUGUGCUGUUUAUUACAAUCCAUUCCACUCAUAUCCACAAGUAGACACAGGAAGGUCUUGAGGGCUACAGGAGUAAAGCCUAGAGGUUGUUUUUGGAUACAAUUAUUGUAAGGAUGAGUUAGGGCUUUUUGAGAAGCCUAAUGUUUCUUUAGGGGAAAAACAAUUCAGUAGUAUUACUAAAUGAUUGUGAAAUAAAUAAAUGGCUGUGGAAUGUU